AUGACCCAGACCACGACUCUUUCUGUUAGACGACAUUCCUGGAGAGAUGCUCCCGCCCUCACAGCUUGGACAAUUCAGGAAGAGCCGUCCACCAGGAUCUCGUGGACACCCCGCGCUCCUGUCCGUCCCAGGCGGCUUCGAAAACCCGAAUGCCGCGAGCUUCUGAACCCGAAUAACGCGCUGCCCGGCAUCCACAUCCACGGGAUCGGAUGCCGCUGCCUCCAGUCGCAAGCAGACGAAGAGCUCCAGGACGAGCUCCUCGCCACCAAGAUUGCGUCCCUCACCAGGACCAUCCUCGCACCAUCAUCAUCAUCAUCAUCAUCAUCAUCGACGACGACGACGACGACGGACUCGACCAAGCCGUCGCCUUCCAACCGCCUUAGACGUUCCCGCCCCGGCGUCUCAAACUCCCUCCGCUCAGCCCUGACCCGCCUUCUCCCCUCCUCUCCAUCAUCCUCCUCCUCCUCCUCCUCUAGCUCCACCUCCACCACUCCUACGACUAAUAAUACUCCCUCCCCUACCAAGACUGGCCGGCCCGCCGGAAACAUCUCGCUCCCGCUGCAGGCCGACCUGACCAUCGGCUGCGCCGAACUCGACAUCGACAAG